AUUCUGAUAUCUUGAAUCUCUCACGCCUGACAGCUGCAGCUGGCUUGGCCGUUUUGAUCAAUCUUCUACUCUCAACAACCUUGCUAUCGGUCUUCACACUGAUAGAUUCAAACAGCGAGACAUCCCGUCUGAUCUCAAUGAAGCCAUUGAUUGGGCUGCACUGGCACUCCGUCCCCCAGGACGUUCUGAUCGGUCCAUGUCUCUCGAUAACCGUGACAUUGCCAUGAGCCUUCGAGUCAGAUCGGAGCAGCGGGAUAUCCUUUCUGACCUUGAUGAGGCCAUCGAGCUUAAUAAAGCUACACUGGAGCUCCAUUCCCCAGUCAUCUUCUAACCUUGCCACCAACCUUCGUGACAGAUUCAGGCAGCAGGGUGUUGUUCUGUCUAACCUUGAGGAAGUCAUUAAACCCACCGGGCGGCACUCCCCUUGAGGGAGUAUUCGAUGUAUCGAGUCGUGAUCGCUGGUGGCUUCACACCUGGCCUGCUAUGACAACGAACGAUCUUCCCUUCGCAUUACGCGAUGGGCCCAUCAACGUUCAAGGAGAUCAUCCGAACGCUCCGGAGUUUGCAUUCUUAUCGGCCUGUCACAAGUCGAGACCGAAUGAGGCAAUUCAUCUUGCUGCUGCGAACUCUCCGGAUUGAUAGGUUCCGUGUGGUCUGUUGACGGCGAAAUUGCACGCCAAAUUAUGUCCCCUUUUCGCGACAAUUCCUAGUUGAUGGUCCAGGGAUUUUCUGCUCAGGUAACUAGGUUCCUCGAUGGCAACUAAGUUACCAAUAUACUGGAAAUACUGUGCACGUGUUGCGGCAACUAAAUCGUAU